UUAAACAAGCGCCCCCUUGCCUCGUCUGCUUUGUCUGCCAUCUGAGCGUUGAGUCGACUAGCGGAACUACUGCAACUGCAACAGUGGAUUCUUCUGAUUCAGCAGCCUGCCUAAAACCGACAUUUGUACUCCCUCAUUGAUGAGCCGCGACAGGCCAAGUUGUGUAUGGAAUGACAACCACAUCCAAACCAGCUGCCCGCUUUGCUGACAUGGAGUGGCAGACGCCAGCUGUGUCAGAGAAGUUCCGGAGUCGUUUUGGCCGCCGGCCUGGAACGUCAAAUAGCGGGGACACUGGUCUUGGCACCUCUGCAUCGGACAGCACAGAAGACUUCUCCAGCUCCAGAAGCAGCCCCGCUUUUCAGCCUAUUCGCAGUCAGAUUCCUAUACCUACGGCACAUGUCAUGCCAUCCACGGCCGGAGCCUCGGCCUCUAAGCCCCAGGCAAGCGCCCAGGAGGAGUCUCUGUCUUCUGUGGAGGCUAACAGGUCUUCCUCCAUCUCCAGAACCUCGAGUGGCUCCACCUCCAAAUCAUCCUCUCUCUCCAAAUCAGCUUCAUCGCCCAACCUGGAUGUUCAAACUGCUAUGGGAAGCGAUCCCGCUGGGCCCAAGCCGGACUGCUUGAGCCGGUAUCGAAGUCUCGUCAAUGGGCUGGAUCAUUCCCUUUUCCCCACGGAUCACACGCGGCUGGACGAGAGCCAGAGGUUUGACACUCCCGCGGUGGAAUCUACCUUCAAUCAGUCAGCACUGUUGGGGGGUUUAUGCCCUGAUGUCAGACUUCGCUUACAGACUACAGGGAUUAGAGACAACCCGGACUAUGUUUCGGAGGCUUCCAGAGGAGGUAUGGAUCACAGCUAUAGAGUUCUCCCUGAGACCAGGCCUGGCGUUUUUAUCUCUGGCGACCCAUCCAAUCUGAGGGCAGGCCAUUCUGGCGGGGCUGGAUCCGCAGGAGUUUAUGCAAGCCCACUGAGCCUGCAGACACAGGCUCUUUUGAGGGAGCAUGCGGGCAACAAAACUUACGAUGCGUUACGCCAGGACAGAUGUGGCGAGCUGUGGAGCUGGCAGCAGCAGCAACAUCAGAAGCAGCAGAUGGAGAGUUUACGUAUGCAAGUUGAACACAUGCAGAUGAGUUCUAGUGCGGGCCAGUACCCGUCUCUGUAUCCAACAGCGAUGCACGCGGAGUCCGGCAAGUGGGACGCUCUGGUGAAAGCCAACGAAUAUCUGAUAAAGGAGAAGGAGCUUAUAAUAGAGCGACAAAAGCAGCAUAUGACUCAGUUGGAACAGCGUCUGAGGGAAAGCGAGCUACAGGUCCACGGAGCCCUCCUGGGCCGAGGCGCUCCCUUAGGAGACGUGUGUUUGCUCCGCUUGCAGGAAGCUCAGCGGGACAACUCUUUCCUGAGGGCACAAUUUGCCGAGCUCACAGAUUGUGCCGCCCUGGAAAAAGAUGAGGCCAAUCGCAGGCUCGGCGCGGUGGAGGCGGAGACGCGGCGCCUGACAGACAGCCUGAAAGAGACGUGUGAGAGGCACGCGGAGGAGAUGAAGAAACAGGAAGAGCGGAUUCGGAGUAGAGACAAGCACAUCAGCAACUUAAAGAAGAAAUGUCAGAAGGAGACGGAACUGAAGCGAGACAACCAGCAGCGUAUAGAGACUCUGGAGCGCUACCUGGCCGACCUGCCCACCUUGGAGGACUACCAGAGCCAGAACAAGGAGCUUCUGGAGGCCCAACAAAAAGCAGCUCAGCUACAAGAGAAAGUAAAAGAGCUGGAGGCCUCUCUGGAAGCAACACGCUCACAACUAGGAGAAAAGGAAACUCAGCUGGAGGAGCAGAAGCAAAGGGAGAGAGACCUGCUGACCACCAUCACUGAUAUGCAGCAGCGUGUGCAACAAGGCCUUGAAGAUGGAGCCCGACUGGACACUCUGGACAUUGAGAAGCUCAGAGGAGAGAACAGCACUUUAAGAGAGGAGCAACAGGGAUUGAAAAAGGUUAUUGAGAAGCAACACAUAAUGAUGGAGCAGCUGGGCUCUCAGAUUAAGACAUUGGAGGAACAGAUGUCCCAGGAACAGAACACUUCCCAGGCUCUGAGAGAGGACGUGUUUGCCAAAGAACAGAACAUGUCUGAGCUCCACGUCACCAUGAAAAAGCUCUCUGCCCAAAACCAGGAACUGACGGAGCACAACCUGAUACUGCAGGAGCAGAUGGGCGAUGCAGAGCAGCAGAACGCCAACCAGGCAUCCUGUGCUCUGCAGCCAGCUGCUGCUCCUCGCCUGACGCAAAGUCUGAUGGAGGAGAUCACGACUUGUCUCAGUGGCCUGUGCGCUUUGUGCAGCAUCCUGACUCAAAUGGCUCGGGGACAAGACCCGAACCUCUCACUGCUGAUUGGCAUCACAUCUCCCGUCGAGAUGUCGCAGCAAGACGAGGACUGGAUGGAUCCAGAAGUGCUACACAAGAAGCUGCUUGAAGCGCAGCAGCUCCGCGGCGACGUGGAGGACUUACGCACUUUAAUACUGGACCGCUACGCCGAAGACAUGGGCAACAACUGCAUCACUCAGUAACUCUGCUCCCCUGCACCUCAGGAGCAGUGUAAGAUGUGAGGCCUUGUUAGUGAAUGUGACGAGGAGGGCGUCGUCGUCCUGUCGGUUUGGUGCGUGCGAGUGUGAUCGUCGUCUUCCUACAUGUCUUCAAGGGCUAACGCAGAAAAAUACUUUACCUCUAAUACUUGAUUCUGGAAUAGUCGUCAUAUUUUUUUACGUGAUAGACGAUCAUUUAUUUACCAGACAGUCUUAACGUGUGUGCGAAAGUCCCUGAAAUUAAUUUAUACAACUGUAGAUUUCCCUCUUUUUAGUGGGGGGAAUGAUCAAAGAAGCGGUUGACAAUCAACUGAACAUAUUGUUAGUGUUGUCAUAGCGAUGUUGGCACCAGGCCAUUAUUUCCAAUGGUGAAGGAUGGAACAUUGCUAUGCUUGUAAGCAGACUUGGAAACCAAACCAGCAACCUUCGACACCAUCAGGCCUUCAAAAGCUACCAAAGAAUGUUGGUCCUGAUAAAAGUCCAAAUGUUGGCGAGUGCUCCCCUCAAUCCAUUUUUUAUACUGUAGACCUGCUUGUCUCUGACCACCACCAGGUGCCUUCCGUCCAUCUUCACCUUCAUGGUCGACCAAUCAGAGUCCAUACAUUCCCUGACCCUGAAUGUAGCGUGUUUGAUGCUAGCAUGGAGUUAAUUUCAUUCAAACAGUAUUGAUGUGCAGUUUUCAUUUUUUUGGAAUGAUGUGGUCCUCAUAAUAACAAGCAAUGUGCAAAAGGUUCCAUGAAGUGUUUGUUUUUGUGCGAAACCCACGUGAACAAAGAUGUGUGUUGCUGGAUCCCCUGUAGUCCACUGACGCUCUGUUUUCAAUUGACUUGUUUGUCUUUCCCUAAUCUGAAACAGUAAGCCAUUUUAAGAUCGCCUGAUAGGGAAAGGAAAAGGGAUUCAUUUUGGAACACAAUUAUGCAACAAAUAACCAGGAUUUGAGCCAUUUCAUGGGACCUUUUUGACAAACUCGCACAAAACUUAUUAGCUUUGGAAAGCCAGACUCUGCAUGCCUUAACAUCUCACAUGAUUUUCAAAAGGGAGUACAUGUUAAUAUAUUUUUUUCCUUAUUUGUUUUUCCAUAUUUAGAAAUAAAGAUGUUCAAUUUGA